UCUCGCAUUUACGGCAAAUGGCCGCAUGCACACAAUUAAAGUGUUAUAGAUUCAUAAACUAUUCAUAAAUGUGUUAAUCCUCGUUACCAAAGUGUUAAAAUAAUCGCCAAUAAUUAUAUUAGUGUCGUGGAAAUAAAUCAAGAUGUUGGUGUUGUUCGAAACACCUGCCGGCUAUGCUAUUUUCAAGCUGCUGGAUGAGAAAAAGCUGAAGGAAUCUGAUAACCUGUAUCAUGACUUCGAGACGCCAGAAUCUGCAAGCAAAAUUGUUAAAUUAAAGCACUUCGAAAAAUUCGCGGACACCACAGAAGCCUUGGCAGCCACAACGGCGGCCGUCGAAGGCAAAAUCUCCAAACCUUUGAAAAAAGUCCUCAAAAAACACGUCGACAAAGACUUGCAAGACCAGCUCCUGGUCGCCGAUGCCAAAUUAGGAAGUGCCAUCAAGGACAAAUUCAGCUUACAAUGCGUCUCCAACACUUCUGUCCAGGAACUGAUGAGAUGUAUAAGAUCGCAAAUGGAUUCUCUGUUGGCUGGUUUGCCUAAAAAAGAGAUGACGGCUAUGGCUUUGGGUCUGGCUCAUUCUUUGAGUAGAUAUAAAUUGAAGUUUUCGCCUGAUAAAAUAGAUACUAUGAUUAUACAAGCGCAGUGUCUCCUGGAUGAUCUGGAUAAAGAGUUGAAUAACUAUAUUAUGAGAUGUCGUGAAUGGUACGGUUGGCAUUUUCCCGAACUCAGCAAACUCAUAGCAGACAAUAUUGCUUAUGUAAGGACCGUAAAAUUAGUUGGCACACGUGAUAAAAUGGCAACAACUGACCUAUCAGACAUUUUACCCGAAGAAGUCGAGGACAAAGUCAAGGAAGCCGCCGAGAUUUCCAUGGGCACCGAAAUUUCCGACGACGAUGUUAUGAAUAUUCAAAACUUGUGCGAUGAAAUCUUGUCCAUCAAUGACUACAGGGCACAUUUGUCCGAGUAUCUGAAGAUGAGGAUGAUGGCCAUGGCUCCGAAUUUAUCGGUUUUGGUCGGUGAUAAUGUUGGUGCCAGACUGAUUGCACAUGCAGGAAGUUUGAUUAAUUUGGCCAAACAUCCUGCGUCGACGAUACAGAUUUUGGGUGCUGAAAAAGCUUUGUUCAGAGCCCUGAAGACCAAGAAGGAUACUCCUAAGUAUGGUUUGAUUUACCACUCGCAACUUGUGGGACAAUCCAGCACCAAAAAUAAAGGUAAGAUGUCCAGGAUGUUGGCUGCCAAAGCAGCCCUGGCUACAAGGCUCGAUGCUUUUGGUGAAGAAACUGGUUACGAAUUAGGAGCCGAGCACAAAGUUAAACUCGAGGCGAGGUUGAGGCUUUUAGAAGAAGGCAAUUUGAGGAAGAUCAGUGGCACCGGCAAGGCGAAGGCCAAAUUUGAAAAAUACCAUUCGAAGAGUGAAGUGAAACAUUAUCCAGCGGCUGCCGAUUUUACAAUAGCCGGUACAUCUGGUAAGAGAAAAUUAUCAGAAUCCGAAACAAAAGCUGAAGUUAAGGACGAAGAUGCUGGAGCUGAAAUUAAAGAGCCUAAAAAGAAGAAAAUUAAGCUCGAGGCCCAAGAUGAGCCCACAGCCGAGGAGCAACCGAAAAAGAAAAAGAAGAAAAUAAAGCAGGAGGCUUCCGAAGAACCUGCUGCUGAAGAAAUGGAAGUCGAAGCUGAGCCCUCCGAGAAGAAAAAGAAAAAAAAGAAGCGACAGGAAGAUCCUGAACAAGUCUUAGAAGAGACGAUGGAGGAGACGGAAGUCCCACAACCUGCCGAGAAAAAGAAAAAGAAGAAAAAAGAUAAAAAACAAGACGAUGAAUAAAUUUUUAUUUAAUUGUUGUUAAAGACAGAGUGAUGAUGGAUAGUUUUAAAGGAAAAUUUGAUUAUUUAUAAUUGAUAAAAGUUUGGAAUUAUCAGGAGUCUAUGUUAAUUAUGGUUAUAUUAUAUAUAACUGUUUUAAAGUUCUCUUCAUUUAAAUUUAUAAUUAUCAGUUUAAAUAGGCUGUAAAUAGUUUUUACAGUGCUG